AUGGGCAGCAAACCUGGACAGGAGAGAGCUGUGUGUGAUUUCACCCGGUCACUCGCCUGCUCAUUUAUUCACCCUGCGUGCAGCAGUAUCGCCUACAUCCUCUACUACAUCCUUUCCUACACCCUCACCAACACCCUCUACUACAUCCUUUCCUACACCCUCUCCUACACCCUCACCUACAUCCUUUCCUACACCCUCACCUACACCCUUUACUACAUCCUCUCCAACACCUUCUCCUACAUCCUCUACUAUAUCCUCUCCUACACCCUCUCCUACAUCCUCUCCUACACCCUCGCCUACACCCUCACCUGCACCCUCUCCUACACCCGCUCCUACAUCCUCUCCUACACCCUCGCCUACAUCCUCUACUACAUCCUCUCCUACACCUUCUCCUAUAACCUCACCUACAUCCUCUUCUACACCCUCUCCUACACCCUCACCUACACCCUCUCUUACACCCUCUCCUACAUCCUCUCCUACACCCUCACCUACGACCUCUCCUACAAAAUCAACUACACCCUCACCUACACCCCCUCCUACAUCCUCACUUACAUCCUCACUACAUCCUCACCUACACCCUCACCUACACCCUCUCCUACAUCCUCACUUACAUCCUCACCUACAUCCUCACCUACAUCCUCUCCUACACUCCCACCUACACCCUCUCCUACAUCCUCACUUACAUCCUCACCUACAUCCUCUCCUACAUCCUCAUCUACACCCUCUCCUACAUCUUCACCUACAUCCUCACCUACACUCUCUCCUACAGCCUCAUCUUCAUCCUCACCUACAUCCUCACCUACAUCCUCACACACACCCUUUCCUACAUCCUCUCUAAUAUUUUUGCAAAACCUUCUGCUAACUGUUAUAUCCCAUAGUACUGGUGAAUUCCGGACUGUGAUUGGUCAGAUGGUGUUGAUUAAUGUUCUAUAACAGCAGCUCUGACAAUAGUGCAGCUUCAAAUCACAGGUUUAACGCGCUUGUUCUAAUACCUUUUCGUUUCUAUAAUAACAGCUCAUUCUGAUAAUUCUUGUGUUAUCUACUAGCUAAAUGAGUAUAAUUUGAUUUAUGA